GUGGCUGCUUAGUGUACAUUUGAAAGGGGUGUUGUUGUCUUGAGAACAAACUUCUGGUAAGUUACCAAGGAACGUUGAGUGUGUGGUGUAACAUAACCUAUAAAUACACCAUGUAGUACCUGGUAGUUGAUCCCUUCUAUGGCAGUUACAGAUAAGGUAAGGGAGUUAACUCCGUACACAUCUUCUUCACGUACUACCUAAGGUAGGUACGGCAGUUAAGGUAGGUAUUCUUGCAUUGUACAUACAUACUGUAUCUGCUGCCACUUUUAGUUUUGAUGCUGGUGGAGAAUUGGAUUCGCCGCCCAAGCUGAUAACGUUAACGGCCCCCGCUCCCUUCGUUAUCGCAAGCUCCCCCGGCCAAAAAGCGAAUUCGACUCGGACGAACUUGAGGUGAACAACUUGGAGUAUAAAGCCGUCAUCAAAACAUCAGUGUUCUACAGCCCGCCAUGUGUGCCAAGCGCGCUCGCGACGAAGAUGCCAUCUCCGAGGCGGGCACAUCACCGGCGCCCGAGGAUACCAGGAAGCCGAAGAAGGCCAAACAUGGCUUCCGCGUUGGACCUGAAAAUCUGCCCGAUGGCCCAUGGAGGCGCAAAGUGACCAAGAUCAAGAAAGAGCUCAUUACCAAAGCCAAGGUCAAAAAGCAGUACGCCAAAAUCAAGGCAGAGCACCAAAAGCAGGCUACUGCAUCCACAACCACACAGACAGUGACAGAAGAGAAUACAAAAGCAGAAGACAGCGCCGGCGCACCGGCUCGCUCAGAGCCGCAGCAGCAAGAGCACGAUUUUCCACCCCCCGCACCAGCCCAAAUCCAUCCCUACCGUCAAGCGAUGCUGGGCUCGGCCUCCCAACCCUCGAAGCUCGAUAACGAGGAGUCUCAACCAAAGCAGCCGGACCAACAAGUGUCAGGCGAAGACACCGCUGGUGCACGACCGGAACGCCGUCAACAGCGAAGACACCCCCGGAAACAACGGCCAGAUUACUUUGCCAGGGAACUCGCGGCGGCCGAGCGCGCCAAGAAGCAGGCCGAGGAGCGCGCGGCCGAGCUUGCGCGGCGCGAGCAGGAGAGACAGCAGCGCAUUGCUGAGCGCGAGCGGUAUCGCAAGAUGAUGGCGAAGGCUAAAACCCCUGGGAAGGACGGGAAGCGGAAGAUUGGGCGGGAGGGCAAGGUGCUGUUGGAGAGGGUCAAGAAGGUUAUGGGGGAGAAGUGAACCCCAGAAGAGGAGAAGAGAAGCUGGAUUACUGAGUUGAUAUUGUCUAAGGCAUCUAUCUCACCUUGUAGUGUUUAAGCUUACUGGUACGAAGCCUGUGUGGAUGGAUGAGAUGGGAGAUGGACAUUUUACCAUUAUGAUACCCGGGACCUGGUUGGCCACUGAAUUGAAACUGAGAUGGCAGACAAGAAGGAAUAUUGGUUUGAGGAGCGAGCCUGAGCGUGCCCGACUGGAAUGGUGAGUCGGAAUCGUACGGUAGGAACCUGGGACCGUCUAUGUAGUGUACCUACUGUGGGCGUGGUAUGCACCUUAGGUAUGUAGGGCAUAUAUGUACUCUAUGUACUUGUACAUAUAGUAAUACAACCGGCCCUCUUCACAACGACCGGGUCCUGGCAGGCCCACACAUUGCCAGG